UAACUAACUAGGUAGUUAACUUAACUACAUAUACCCUUUGCUACCCAGUCAAGCUCUAACUCCAUUCAACGCAAAUACAUAAAAUCCCAUUAAUCCCAUAAAUACCCCGUUGUAUCCGUUCUAUCCACGAUUGGCAAAGCUUCGAUGGACUUUAAGAUAUAUUUAUUAUUAUUGAUAAUAAAUCAUAAUUGUUGUUGUUAUUGAUUGAUUGAUGUUCAUGUUGAUCUAGUUGUGUACCCCCUUGUACCACUCUAUUAGAUUUCCACCUACGGAGUACAUGAACAUCACACAUCCUCACAAUACUUCCCGAGUCCUUAGUAUCUCCCUAUACAUUUCCCGUCUCGCGACACAACGCUUCUCCUUUUUUAUUUUUCUCCCUCUUUUUAUUUUUAAUUUUUAAACAUUAUCCUUUGUUAAAGCAUCAUAUUCUCAUUCAAACUUCAAGGCGCAAUCAAGACUUAGGGGGAGUGACUAUCUAGACAUAGAACAUCAGUCGCAUGCGCAUAAAACAUUCAAGCAACACACUCAAACACCCAAACACUCAAACCCUCAUACGUUCACUCAAAACCUAUACAAACUUCAACACGACUAAUGACCAAUCAUGAAUUCCAAACAAAGCUCGUCUAGGAUAUCUAGAAACGUGUUCGAGCCCUCCUUUACCCCGGCAGGAAAACCAACAUCGCAACCCGGAAUAUCGCGCCAUCACUCGACCCCUUCUCGAAGUACCAGCCUCUUUGGCUCCUCUCAAGCUGCUGGCCGAUCUCGAAAAAAGUUCUCAUGGGAAUCUGCGCCUCAACCUGAACAACCCCCGACGAAUCUAUUUGGCAAUACUGCGCAGACGAAUAAUAUCUUCGGCAGCUCUACCCCUCAAGUGAGCCCUCCCCCUGGCCCUUUCUUUGGAAUCACUCCUAUCAGCAAACCAACCCAGUCGCAAACGGGCUCUUUCUCCUUUGGAACUUCAGUCUCAGUCACUCCUACGCCAAUCUCACGUUCUAGCCUAUCACAGACAAGCAGUUAUGCGACUCCCAUCACGCCCCAGUCUCCCUCCCCAGCGGUCGGCUGUGGCACCCCUAUCUCUUUCGGCAAACGGACUUCAGCCUCGCAUUCUCACGUCGGUUCUGAGGCGGAGGUAAAUGUGCCACCUCCUAGGUGUUAUAUUGACUUGGAGGGUGAUCUAUGCCUUGUAGUAGGCAGUUUAGGGGCGGAAUUUGUAGUCUGCUCGAAGACCAUGGCCAGAUCAUCACCCUUUUGGAAAAAAAUGCUUUACGGGGAUUUUGCCGAGGGCAAGAAAUCGCAAUCUCGAGGUGGGAAGGGCGAAUGGGUUGUCAAGCUACCUGAAGAUAAUUCGAUCGCGAUGGAAAUCAUCCUCAACAUCAUCCAUGGCCGUUUUGAUCGAAUCCCUGGCUACGAGGACUUCGUCUACACCACGCAUUUCUACAAUCUCUGCGUUCUCACAGACAAAUACGACAUGACCCACAUCUUGAGGCCCUGGGCAAGAGGCUGGUCGCGCUCCACCCAUUCACAGUGCGACAAACUUGGCCAAUCUUUGCGAUCUAGGUUUUGUCAUGAGCGGCUUUGGAUCUCGUGGGAACUUGGCGACAGAGAUACGUUCGAGGGAAUGGCGCAAACUUUACUGCUGAAUAGUUCGAAUUCACCCGGCAAUACUCUACAUUAUGUUGGGUCGUUAGAACCGCCGGGAAUAUAUGACAGUAUAAAACGCAUUCGUUUGGACUUGGUAAAGGCCCUCCUGAAACCCCUGGACGACAUAAUACAAAGUCUUAUCCGAACUGAAUGGUCGUCAUGUCAAUGUGGACAUUGGGGUGGAAAAGGCGCGUGUCAAGCGAUGACCCUGGGCAAAGCCAUCCAAUCUCUCCAUCGACAGGAACUUUGGCCCAUACCGGAACCGGCAUCUGUGCAGUUCAGUGUAUCGGAGCUCGCGGCGAAGCUUAUAUGCGUGGAAUUUGGCGACAAGACUAAGCCUCUCGUGGCUACUCAAAAUUGCGCGCAACUUCAUCAAGGAAAUCUAAAGGCCGGGAUUGAGAAGGCCCUGGGCUCCAUUCCUUCGUUACUCGCCGGGAUGCAUCGACGCCAUCUUGAAGCCCAAGCAAAGAAGUCUGGACUCGCUCUUUCCAAGGAUGCUUCUGGCGGCUAAUGAGGAACGACAGAGAACAUAAACACAGCCAUCAUCAUCAUCACCAAACUACCUAAAGCUAUUUAGAGUAGCUCCGAGAUCAUAUCAUACCGGUUUCGUAGAGCAUCUACACUGUGCGGAGCUACAUACCAUACCGCCCGCGCAGAGGCGUCCCAAGCUAUGCAAGCCACCGAGGCUUGCUCACCAGCGUCCCGCCGAUCCAGAAACCAAUCACCCGCCAUCGGCAGUAUCCGAGUAUCCGGCGUAGCUUGGUAGGAAUUCCAGGCGAAGAACGAGAGGCGCGAAAAAAAAAGAAAGAAAGGAGCCACGGGAGGCCUGGCAUCGAAAUUCUGAUAUUGCACAUCACCAUCGUGUGCACGUAAUGCGCAGAGGAAUUACCUCACUCGGUUUCGACUCCGCUGCUCCUGUUCAGCUGGUCUCUUAGCCUAGCAUGGAACAUGGAAACUCGGUACCUACAUAUACCUGGUGGCACAAACCGUGCAUAUUUGUACUUAUUGGCCACCAGUGUACCUGUUAUUAAGGGGGGAUGCAGAAUCCCGACGAUAGACAGGCAUAUCGCUCACAAAAGAAAAAAAAAAAAGAGAACAAAGAAAAAAGAAACCAAUUAAUCAAUCUGAAGAAACUCAUAGAUCGGAAAUACAUAAUGGCGGCCAGCUUGGAGC